UAAUUUGCCAAUAAUAUAGUGUUCAAUUUGCUAUAUUGUGGAGUGAGUCGGCAAAGAUGAGAGAGAAGCUGUCAAAAGUUGUCAGUUAAGAUCGACGAACUCAUCCAUCUACCCAAAUUAUUGAGCUCCACGUGGCGGUUCCAUAGCCAUUUCCCAAUCAAUAGUCGCCACCUAUGAAAAAUAUCUCUACACUACUCCACUUUGACGGGCUGGCUUGCGCAAAUCUUCAAUUGAUCAUUCCCUUCUAUAAAAGCUGAGCGCAUCAAGGUUGUGUUAAGUCGCAUCUGAUAGUGUCUUGAAUUAACAACCGAAUUUUCUCGUGGAGAGAGAUGGACAGGAAGACGAGUUAUUUGAAAAUGAAGACUGAUUCUGAUUUGGGAGCAGCGAGUGAGCUGCUCGGUUCCGAUCUCAAGGAUGUUGGGACCGCAAUGAAGAACUUUGCUAAUCAUGCGAUCAAGCUAGGCAGCCUUGGAUUUGGGACUUCAUUUCUCAAAUGGGUUGCUUGCUUCGCUGCAAUUUAUUUACUGAUCUUGGAUCGUACAAACUGGAAAACCAACAUUCUCACAUCCCUCUUAGUCCCAUACAUUUACCUCAGUCUUCCUUCAUGGUUGUUCAGUAUACUAAGCGGAGAGAUUGGGAAGUGGAUUGCUUUCAUCGCUGUUGUGUUACGCCUCUUCUUUCCCAAGCAUUUUCCAGACUGGUUGGAAAUGCCUGGAUCUCUGAUCCUGCUCCUAGUGGUGGCUCCGAGCUUCCUUUCAGGUACCGUAAGGGGUGGCAUCAUCGGACUAGCCAUUUGCCUGGUGAUCGGAUGUUACUUGCUGCAGGAACACAUUCGAGCAUCCGGAGGGUUCAGGAACUCCUUUACCAAGAGCAAUGGCAUCUCCAACUCUAUUGGGAUACUCCUCCUCUUCGUGUACCCGGUUUGGGCGAUCGUGCUUUACAUUCUUUAGACCAUUUAAGGAACUCAAAUGUCAUGCUUCAGUUUUCAGUUCAGACAGAGACAGUGUGAGAUGUGUGUAUCAAUGUUUGGAAACAACUGUUUCUGUCUUGAUUGCUCAACAGGCCUAUUGUCUACAUCAGUCAGUGGAACAUUGUAUGUUCAUUUGUCUUUGAAAGAAAUAAAUUUGUGCACAAGCUAUCCUUUUUA